GUAAGUGGGGACUCUGGGGGUGGGGGGUGAGUCGUCGAACUCGGAGACGAACGCCCCACCAGGGGUUCAGGAGCAAAGGGGGGUAGAGGAUGGUCAUGGAGAUAACGUACGCCUCGUCCAGUUCGCGAGACCUUGCCGCUGCAGAUAGUAGUAGUAAUCUGUCAACACUCCCUCCUAUGUCGAGUAGUCGACAGGUGAAGGUCAUUCCUUUGAAACACCCCACCGUGCCGUCUUCGUCUCCUUCGCCUUUCCUCCCUUUGAUCUCCAGAUGGCGCUCCAAGCUCUGUUCUAUGUCGCUGAUCAACUGGAUUGAGCUAUUCUUCCCUUGCUCUAAAUGGAUUCGCACUUACAAAUGGAGGGAGUAUCUACAGCUCGAUCUCAUGGCUGGAUCCACCGUCGGCGUCAUGCUCGUUCCCCAGGCUAUGUCUUAUGCAAAAUUAGCUGGGCUGCAUCCACUUUACGGACUUUACACAGGUUUUAUUCCAGUAUUUGUGUAUGCUGCAUUUGGGUCUUCUCGCCAGCUUGCUGUUGGUCCAGUAGCAUUGGUUUCUCUCUUGGUGUCUAAUGUGUUGAGUGACGUUGUUGAUUCUACUGAUGAAUUGUACACGCAACUUGCAAUAUUGUUGGCGCUUAUGGUUGGGAUAUUGGAAUGUGUAAUGGGCCUUCUAAGGUUAGGAUGGCUUAUUCGUUUCAUAAGCCACGCAGUGAUUUCUGGCUUUACAACUGCUUCGGCUGUAGUAAUCGCCUUAUCGCAAGCCAAAUACUUUUUGGGAUAUGAUAUAGUAAGAAGCAGCAAAAUUGUGCCACUUGUCAAAAGUAUAAUAUCUGGACUUGAUGAGUUUUCAUGGCCCCCGUUUGUGAUGGGAACAUCCAUUCUUGUGCUUCUUCUAGUCAUGAAGCACUUGGGAAAAUCAUAUAAACACUUGCGGUUCCUACGAGCAGCUGGUCCGCUUUUUGCAGUUAUUGUGGGCACAGCUGUUGUGAAAAUAUUUCAACCGUCAGCCAUUUCUGUGGUAGGAGAUAUACCUCAAGGCCUUCCAAAAUUUGCCGUUCCAAAAAAUUUUGGGUAUGUAAUGUCUCUAAUUCCAACAACUGUUCUCAUCACUGGUGUGGCUAUAUUGGAAUCUGUGGGGAUUGCCAAAGCAUUGGCUGCAAAGAAUGGGUAUGAUUUGGACUCAAAUCUGGAGUUAUUUGGUCUUGGUGUGGCGAAUAUAUGUGGUUCCUUCUUCCAAGCAUAUCCCUCGACAGGCUCCUUUUCUAGGUCAGCUGUAAACCAUGAAAGUGGAGCCAAAACUGGCUUAUCUGGAUUUAUUGUGGGAAUCAUAAUUGGAUGUGCUCUUUUGUUCAUGACAUCGUUAUUUAAGGAAAUUCCUCAGUGUGCAUUGGCUGCAAUUGUGAUCUCUGCUGUAAUGGGUCUGCUGGAUUAUGAUGAAGCUAUUUUCUUAUGGCAUGUCGAUAAAAAAGAUUUCCUUCUUUGGACCAUUACUUGCGUCGCGACGUUGUUCCUUGGUAUUGAGAUUGGUGUCCUUCUUGGGGUUGGCUUCUCUCUUGCAUUUGUCAUCCACGAAUCAGCAAACCCACAUAUUGCUAUUUUGGGCCGUCUUCCUGGAACCACUGUUUAUAGAAACACCCAGCAGUACCCUGAUGCAUACGCUUAUAAUGGGAUAGUGAUUGUUCGGAUUGAUGCACCCAUUUAUUUUGCAAAUACAAGCUACAUAAAAGAUAGGUUGCGGGAGUACGAACUCAAUACUGAUGGAUCAAUGAGACGUGGACCAGAAGUUGAAAGAGUUCAUUUUUUGAUCAUAGAGAUGUCACCUGUUACAUAUAUAGACUCCAGUGCUGCUCAAGCUCUAAAAGACUUGCAUCAGGAAUACAAAUCUCGGAACAUCCAGAUAGCUAUUGCCAACCCCAACCAUGAAGUUUUACUGACUUUUGCCAGAUCUGGUGUAAUUGAGCUUAUUGGAAAGGACUGGUUCUUUGUGAGAUUGCAUGAUGCUGUUCAAGUUUGCCUCCAGCAAGUGCGGAGCUCACAAGAAACACCAAAGAUGGUGGACCCACAAUCUGAGAGUAAACUAAAUUUGUUUCAAAGAUUACGGAAACAGCCAAUGGAGGACAACUCAAACUCUGAUGUAGAGUCAGGAGACCAAGACCCGAGAUUAUUAACAGAUACGGAAGGGGUGGUACAACCACCUGAAAGGCAACCAAGUUUAUUCCAGAGGUUGUGGGGACAAAGUGAGGAUGGGACAGACCCUCGAUCAGAACCGCUAUUGUCUAAGAAAAGUUGAGUAUUGUAGAACUCCUUGUCCAACUGUGCUAUUGCUGAUGCUUGAUAAGUCCAAUGCAGUGCUUGUAUUAUAU